GGCCAUAAGCCCACAUUUUUAUCUGGUUUGGAAUAUUGGCUAUACCUUUGUCAAUCUUAUUUAAUUAGUUGUAAACACACCAUUCUUGAGCUUUAAACUUAGACACAUGUGUCCGUUUGAGAUUUGUCGAUGUGUUUAUAGCAUUGCCUAUUACCUCCAUGAUCUAUAUAAUAUCAAAUGUCUAUGGUUUCAUUAGAUGUGUAUUUACAUAUUUUUGUUGGAUAACAUUUUGUUAAUUUUAAUUCGGAAUUUUAAUUAGAACUGUGUGGAUACAAUGGGUGAAAGGAACCCAGGUUGUGAAUUAGACCUGGGCUGGGUGAGCGGCGUGCGGGUGAACCUGGGCGCGGUGAAGCGUGCCGCGGCCGGCCUGGGCACGCACCGCGCGCUCAAGCAGCAGUGGCAGGCGGCGUGGCUCCUGCGUGCCGUCACGUGCAUCGACCUGACCACGCUGGGGGGAGACGACACCUCCGGCAACGUGACGCGCCUCUGUGCCAAGGCGGCAGAGCCGUUGUCCCCGGACCUGCUGAGAGCGCUGGGCUGGGAGGGGCCCCUCACCACGGGGGCGGUGUGCGUGUACCCCGCGAGGGUGAAGGAUGCGGUGGACACUCUGGCACAGCUGGGAGCAUCCCAUGUUCCUGUGGCCUCUGUGGCGACGGGCUUCCCCAGCGGGCAGUACCCGCUGAGCACCCGGCUGGCGGAGAUCCGAGCCGCGGUGGAGGCGGGGGCCCGGGAGAUAGACGUUUUGGUGGACCGGGGGCUGGUGCUGACCCACCAGUGGGGCCCCUUGUACCAGCAGCUGCAGCAGAUGAAGGAAGCUUGCGGGCCGAACGCCCACAUGAAGACCAUCCUGGCGGUGGGCGAGUGUGGCUCCCUCAGCAACGUCUACAGGGCAUCCCUGGUUGCCAUGAUGGCUGGCUCUGACUUCAUCAAGACUUCCACAGGCAAGGAAGGAGUGAAUGCAACUCUGCCUGUUGGCAUUGUCAUGUGCCGAGCUAUCAGAGAUUUUCAUCGACGAGUUGGAUACAAGGUUGGUCUGAAGCCAGCCGGGGGCAUCCGCACGGCCAAGGACGCGCUGUCCUGGCUGAUCCUUGUGAAGGAAGAACUGGGAACUGAUUGGCUCACGCAGGACCUGUUUCGCAUAGGAGCGUCCGGGCUGCUCACGGACAUAGAGCGACAACUGUACCACUUUGUCACUGGUUCCUACGCUUGUGCUGGCCAUUUCUCUAUGGGCUAAUUCCCUGCUACCUUACUACGACUUAUGGCGCCAAAGAAAAUAUGUGUAAAUGUAGCAGAUGAAUUAUAUUUUUCUAUCUUUGACUGUAUGGUUUUAUCAAUUAUGUACAUAAAAUAAUAAACCAUUCAAACUCUUU